AUGUGGGCGGUGGAUGGGGCGGUGAUGCUGCGCGCGGCGGAUACCGGAGACGCGCCUGAGGCGAUUUCGGCGCUGCAGCGGAUGAAGAAGGCGGGCGAGCGAAACGGCGUGGCGGUGCCGCUGGCGUUUUACAACAUGACGCUGCGAGCGUGCAAGCGCUCGCGUCCGCCGGCGAGCGCGGACGCGACGAGAUUGCUGCGCGAGAUGCGAGAGCACGGCCCGGGUCCGGAUGCCAAGACGUAUCACGAGGUGAUCGCGGCGUACGCGCGUGCGAUUGAGUGGAAGCUCGCCGAACAAACGUUUGAGGAGAUGAAGCGCGACUUCAGAGGUCGCGGGCCCACGUGGCACCCGAGCGUGCGCGUGUACACGUCCCUCAUCAGCGCGUACGGCAAGGGCGGACAAUUCGAAAAGGCGAGCGAGUUAUUCGAAAGCUUGUUUGCGAGCUCGCACGUGCAAUUGGACACGGGUGUGUACAACGCAUUGCUCUCUGCCGCGGUGAACUCGGGCCGUUACAAGGACGCCGCCGCCGUGUUUGAGCGCAUGCAAACGGAAGGUGUCAGGCGAAACGUGACGACAUACAACGGUAUGUUGCAAUCGCUCGGAAGGCAGCGACGCAUUCGUGACAUGGAAAAUAUGAGCCAAUCCAUGCAGCGCGCGGGGGUCAUGCCGAACGAAACCACGUACAGCGUGUUAAUCACCGCGCACGGCAAUAGCGGCAACAUCGAUCGGGCUCUCGAGCUCCUGCAUCAAGUCAUCAUUGCCCCGCGUUUGCACGCGACGGCCGUGAUAUUCAACAGCGCGCUCGGGGCGUGUGUCAAGGCGGGUAAUCUUGAAGGCACGCAACGGGUUUUACGAGUGAUGGAGACGGAGGGCGUGCGAUCGACUCUCGUCACGUACAACACGCUCCUGAUGGAGGCGAGCGCAGAGCGUGACUGGGUGCGCGCGACGAAAAUAUAUAAAGAACUUCUUCUUUCGGGAUUCGCGCCGGACACCAUCACACUCGAUUGCUUGUGCGGUAUUGAAAAGCUUCAGGCGUGUCGCGAGGAAAGGCUUCGCGAGGAAAUCAAGCGAGCCGAAUUGGAGGGCAUCGAUUUGCCCGAAUUCGAACGCACGUGCGACGUGAGCGAUAGUCCAGUCGGGAACCUCCCGGUUCUUAUACGCGCGCUCGCCGACGAUCGCGAGCUCGAAGAAGUUCCAGGAUGGCGAGGGUUCGUUUCCGACGCCCUGCUCCGAGUGCUUCACGUUAACAACGAGUACGCCGAGGUGGAGGACACAUUCAAAUACAUGCUGACGAGCGACGUCACGCGCACCGUGCACACGUACAACUCGCUAUUGAUUUCGUAUGAGGCUCGUAAAGAGUGGCAAAAGGCGGGCGAGGCGAUGACGCAAAUGACGAGUGAAGGGAUCGUGCCAAACGCGCUCACGUUUGACGCGCUCAUCGAUGUUUGCGAGGAGAUGGGUCAAUGGGAUCGCGCAACGACGUGGCUCGAACAAGCUCAAGCGGCUGGGCACUUCCAAUGCGAGGACGAUCUCGGUGUUUUAGACCUGCACCGUAUUCGUUCCGCCGGCACCGCGCAGAACGCGUGCGCUCGUAUCAGGGUUGAAGAAUAA